AUGUCUUCAGAACAAUCGAUCUGGGAACUACUAGACUCACUCGAACACCAACUCAUCCAAUCACUCAACCAACACAUCCUCCCUCAGAUCAUAAAAACAUCAAACCAACUCAUCAACUCACUCCCAACUCAACUCAUCCCAAACUCACUCCUAAUCACAUCAAACCAACAGAACCCAAUCCAACAAACAAUCCAACAACAACAACCACUCACUAAAAACAAACGAGCACAACUCAAACCUACCAUCAUCAUCAUCCUCUCAUCCAUCCUAGCCAUCAGACUCAUCAUCAGCACAACCUACUACCAACAAUUCAUCCACCAACAUCCCACCCUACUCAACUAUCUACCAAGCAUACUCACACCCACCAGGAAGAGGAAGCCACUCAGCAGAAACCAUCAUCAUCAUCAUGGCCAAGAAGGAGGGCCACUAGAACUGAUCAUCAUCCUGGGCGCCGAGCCAGGAACCCUGGGAGAACAACUGGCACUCCAUCUCGCACAACGCGGCAUGGCGGUCAUUGCCAGCGUCAGCAGUCCCGAGAUGGUAGCAAGGAUCGAACUGGAAGGCGCCGGAUGGAUCAAGGCCCUCGUCUUGGACCCACAAGAACCGCACACCUCCAUCAAACCAUUCACCCGAUCACUAACCGUCUCCUUGGGUCUCCGAUUCCCACUCGCCGCCUCUCCAAACACCUUCAUCAAUCCUCCUGCUACUACUACUACUACUACUGCGAACCAUAACUCGCUCGUCGGACUCAUCAAUUGUCUGCCCCUCUCCCUCCCCGACGAUCUGCGUCCUAUCGAAGCUCUCGACCUCCAUUCCCAGCUCCUCGGACGCUUCAAUUCGCUCGUCUCAACCUCCCUCGACCUCCUCAAAAUCAUCCUCCCUAUCCUCCGUAACUCGAUCGAAAAAUUCGGCGCUGAUGAUGGCCUCAUCUUGACUCUAUUUCCUACUAAGAAUACUAGUCUAGCAUUGCCUUAUCUAGGGAGUUCAUUGAUUGCGAAUCAAGCAUUAGAGAGCCUGAUGGUCACGCUUCGCCGAGAGAUAGCGAUCUCUGAUUCCGGGAGUCGAGGGAAGCUCCGGAUUGUGAAUGAGCGAAUCGGGACGUUCCGCGGGGGCAGCAUUCCAACGAAUGUUUGCACGACGAGCCGGGGAGCGAGUCUCCCGACGCAUUUACACCCGAUCUAUGCACGCUCGAUGGCGCGGCGGAUCGGGCUGGUGGGGCUCGGGACUUGCGCGAUUCUGCCGACGAGUGGGGGGCCGAGAGGCAGUCCGAUCUCGCAAUUCCUACGAAGGGUCGAGCGGAUCUUGGAGGGCGCUCAUGGGUCCAGAGGCGUCGUGGGCAGCGAGACUUGUCGGUACAUCCUCCUCCAGAAUCUCUUCCCCGAGUCGUGGGUCGACCGCUGGCUCGCCCUGGUCGAGACUCUUAACCGCUGGAUCCGCAGUCGCUUGGUCGCUGAAGUCGACCUUGCUGAGUCCCCACAAACGCUCGAACGGUUCGUCGAGAAACGGAUCCCUUCUGCUCAGAGCGAUUGGAAAUUAUCCCUCUUCUCCGACCACCAUCUCCCCCAACAACAACAACAAGAAGAAGAAGAACAAGAAGAAGGUCAACCAAGACCAGUAGAAGAUGAAGAGAAGAUCACUGCUGUCGAGCAAGCAGAGGAACUCGUCGAGAAUGACGAGAUGGUGUCAGUCGACGAGACCGGCAGUGUGGUCGAUAAAGGCGAGACGAUCGGACUCGAUGGUUGUCCGUCCGAUCUGCCCGACCGGUCCAACCCCGGCUCGGCUGAUGAGGCCGAUGAGCUUCAUGAUCCUUCUCUCAAGGAUAGCUUCGUCGGCAGCGAGAUCGAUUGGAAAGAGAAAGCUUGA